AUGUCUGUCAAGAACGACGAGUUCCCCUCCUCCGCGGCCUUCGACGCCAUCAACGCCGUCCUCCAGGGCGACGAGGCCGAGCGUAAGAGCGCCAUCAAGCAGGCCAACGCCGUCUUCGCCUUCACCCUCAAGAACGCGGCCGGCAAGGAGGAGAGCUGGCACAUCGACCUCAAGGACAAGGGUGCUGUCGGCAAGGGCACGGGCGAGAAGCCCACAGGCAUGUCUCAUCUCUCCCGCCGCCACGAGGACUUUGGCAAGCUCGUCGCUGGCAAAGCCGACCCCCAGCGCCUCUUCAUGGGCGGCAAGCUCAAGGCCAAGGGCGACAUCAUGAAGGCCACCAAGAUGCAGCCCAUCCUCGCCAAGGCCCGCAGCAGCGCCAAGCUAUAG